AUUACUGCUUUCUUACUUGCCAGAGCCUAGUGCCGGAGAGAGGUGUCGCUUUGUAGGGGGACCUUACAACCUUCAGAGGAUCUGGGGAGAUUUCCUCACAGGGCAGAACGCAGGGCUAGCUCACUAUAAACAUAGAGAGAUGGCAAAUGUGAGGAAGGGCAGAGGUGUUUAAGCAGGUGGGUCAGGCUGCAGCAAGUAUUUAGGAAGACCAAGGCUGUGGUGGUAGAGAGCAAAGACCCAUCUGUUGUUUCAUCGUUUGUUUGUUUAUUCCUCCUCCUCAUGCCUUCCCCCUCCCUUAAAUCCAGGCACCGUUCACGCCUCUUGCAAAUGAGAUUUGGGCGAUGCUGAGAGAACAGCGUGUUGCAUGGCGUGUAUGUGCAUGCAUUCGCGGGGGUAGGGUACUCGGUCCUCAGCAACUGCCUGUGAUCAGAAGAAAAUAGGAUGUGUCCAUAGCUGGAGGAGUGACAAUGCUAGCCGAGUGGGGCUCACCUGCUGGUGAUCUUUGCAGAGGCAUUUGAGGAUUAUUCAGCUCCAGAAGGUCUGUGUGAGGAGUGCUAUCUCUGCCGUGGCUGAAAAUAGGAGGUGCCUACCCCUACCUGUCUUAAUUAUUGCCACCAAAAGGACUAUUUUGCCAUCACUGUGGGAAGAAGCGCUUGCUGCCACUGACAAGGGUAUGAGGAUUAUGACCUCAUGUGCAGCUCUGCAUAGCUGUCCACUUGGAGAUGAUGGUGACUCCUUAGAGAACAGAUGCCAACUCCUGGUUAACAAUCAGUACAGUGCUCCUCUCCAGAAGAUUUGAUAACUGCUUUUCACCAGCUCUCCAACUUUUUUCCAUCAUGUUGUCUCUACCAGCCUAAAAUUUCCUAAAAUGGUCCUUUUGCUGUUCCUUGCAAUCCUGCUAUUGAAGGAAGAUGUCUGCGGGAACUUUGGGCUUUUGGUUUCAGCACAGGCAAAUGAGAGAAGAGUGGUUGCACACAUGCCUGGUGAUAUUAUCAUUGGAGCUCUAUUCUCUGUCCAUCACCAACCAACUGUUGACAAAGUUCAUGAGAGGAAAUGUGGAGAGGUAAGAGAGCAGUAUGGUAUUCAGAGAGUGGAGGCAAUGCUACAUACCCUUGACAGAAUUAAUUUGGACCCCACACUGUUGCCAAAUAUAACACUAGGAUGUGAAAUAAGGGACUCCUGCUGGCAUUCUGCUGUGGCUCUGGAGCAGAGCAUUGAGUUUAUAAGGGACUCUCUCAUAUCUUCGGAAGAAGAGGAAGGGAUGGUGCGAUGUGUGGAUGGAUCAUCAUCGUCUUUCCGCUCCAAGAAACCCAUUGUUGGUGUCAUCGGGCCUGGCUCCAGCUCAGUUGCUAUCCAGGUCCAGAACUUGCUGCAGCUUUUCAAUAUACCUCAGAUUGCUUAUUCUGCCACAAGCAUGGACCUAAGUGACAAAACUCUGUUCAAGUAUUUUAUGAGAGUGGUGCCCUCUGAUGCACAGCAAGCAAAGGCCAUGGUGGACAUUGUCAAACGCUAUAACUGGACCUACGUUUCUGCUGUACACACCGAAGGAAACUAUGGUGAAAGUGGAAUGGAGGCUUUCAAAGACAUGGCAGCCAAGGAAGGGAUCUGCAUUGCACACUCCUACAAGAUCUACAGCAAUGCUGGCGAGCAGAGCUUUGACAAGCUGCUGCGAAAGCUCCGGAGCCACCUGCCCAAGGCAAGAGUGGUGGCCUGCUUCUGUGAGGGCAUGACUGUCAGAGGCCUCCUGAUGGCCAUGAGGCGCCUGGGACUCGCUGGGGAGUUCUUGCUGCUGGGCAGUGACGGCUGGGCAGACAGGUACGACGUGACAGAAGGGUACCAGAACGAAGCUGUCGGUGGGAUAACAAUCAAGCUGCAGUCCCCAGACGUGAAAUGGUUUGAUGAUUACUACCUACAGCUCCGGCCAGAAACCAACCAUCGGAACCCGUGGUUUCAGGAGUUUUGGCAGCACAGGUUCCAGUGCCGGUUGGAAGGGUUUCCCCAAGAGAACCCUAAAUACAACAAGACCUGCACAAGCCAGAUGACUCUGAGGACCCAGCAUGUUCAGGACUCCAAGAUGGGCUUUGUAAUCAAUGCAAUAUACUCCAUGGCCUAUGGACUCCACAACAUGCAGCUGUCCUUGUGCCCAGGCUACGUGGGCCUCUGUGAUGCCAUGAAGCCCAUAGAUGGUCGGAAACUCCUGGAAUCACUCAUGAAGACUAACUUUACUGGGGUCUCUGGGGACAUGAUCUUGUUUGAUGAGAAUGGCGACUCACCAGGAAGAUAUGAAAUCAUGAAUUUUAAACAAAUGGGGAAGGACUACUUUGAUUAUAUCAAUGUUGGCAGCUGGGACAAUGGUGAGCUGAAAAUGGACGAUGAUGAAAUAUGGUCAGAGAAAAGUAAUAUCAUCAGAUCUGUGUGCAGUGAACCCUGUGAAAAAGGCCAGAUAAAGGUGAUCCGUAAAGGAGAAGUGAGUUGCUGUUGGACCUGCACUCCUUGUAAAGAAAAUGAAUAUGUCUCUGAUGAAUACACGUGCAAAGCCUGCCAGCUUGGCUCCUGGCCCAAUGAGGAACUCACAGGUUGUGACCUCAUCCCAGUCCAGUAUCUCAGAUGGGGCGAUCCCGAACCAAUUGCAGCCGUUGUUUUUGCAUGCCUGGGUCUGUUGGCCACGCUGUUUGUUACAAUCGUGUUCAUAAUGUACCGUGAUACUCCAGUGGUCAAAUCAUCCAGCCGAGAACUUUGCUACAUCAUUCUGGCUGGCAUCUGCCUGGGUUACUUGUGCACUUUCUGUCUGAUUGCAAAACCUCAGCAGAUUUACUGUUACCUUCAGCGAAUCGGCAUCGGCCUCUCACCGGCUAUGAGCUAUUCUGCUCUAGUAACUAAAACCAACCGCAUCGCAAGAAUCCUGGCUGGAAGCAAGAAGAAAAUCUGUACAAAGAAACCUAGGUUCAUGAGUGCCUGCGCCCAGCUGGUUAUUGCAUUCAUCUUGAUCUGUAUACAGUUAGGCAUCAUAGUUGCCCUCUUUAUAAUGGAGCCACCAGACAUAAUGCAUGAUUACCCAAGCAUCCGAGAGGUCUACCUGAUUUGUAACACCACCAACUUGGGUGUUGUGACUCCCCUUGGAUAUAAUGGGUUAUUAAUUUUGAGCUGCACCUUUUAUGCAUUUAAGACAAGAAACGUCCCAGCUAAUUUCAACGAAGCAAAAUAUAUUGCCUUCACCAUGUACACCACCUGCAUCAUUUGGCUGGCUUUUGUGCCAAUAUAUUUUGGAAGCAACUACAAGAUAAUCACCAUGUGUUUCUCAGUGAGUCUGAGUGCCACGGUGGCCCUUGGCUGCAUGUUUGUGCCCAAGGUGUACAUCAUCCUCGCCAAGCCCGAGAGGAACGUGCGCAGUGCGUUCACCACGUCGACGGUGGUCCGCAUGCACGUAGGGGAUGGAAAGUCCUCUUCAGCCGCCAGCCGCUCCAGCAGCCUGGUGAACCUGUGGAAAAGAAGGGGAUCAUCUGGGGAAACGCUUAGGUACAAAGGCAGGAGACUGGCCCCUCCACACAAGUCGGAAAUAGAGUGUUUCACCCCAAAAGGGAGUAUGGGGAAUGGUGGGCGAGCUACAAUGACCAGCUCUAAUGGGAAAUCAGUUUCCUGGGCCCAGAACGAGAAAAGCAGCCGAGGAGCACACCUUUGGCAGCGGUUGUCAGUCCACAUCAACAAAAAAGAGAACCCCAACCAAACUGCAGUGAUCAAGCCUUUUUCUAAAAGCACAGAUAGUAGCCGGCACAGUAGCAGCGCUACAUUUCCCGAGGCUAGUGCCAAAACGCUUUACGACGUUUCGGAAGCCGAAGAGCAAUACCCAGCUCAGUACCGACCGCAGACUCCCUCACCAAUCAGCACUUUGAGCCACAGAACUGCCUCUGUCAGCCGAACAGAAGAUGAAGCCCCCACCUUCCAGUCAGAACCUCCUCAGCGAAGCAGCUCCUCUCAAGGCUCCAUCAUGGAGCAGAUCAGCAGCGUUGUUACCCGCUUCACAGCCAAUAUCAGUGAGCUGAACUCUAUGAUGCUUUCAACAUCUACUCCAGGGACAGCGGGGGCUGCUCCUCUCUGCUCUUCCUACCUGAUUCCACGGGAAAUCCAGCUCCCUACAACAAUGACCACACUUGCAGAGAUCCAACCACUUCCUGCCAUUGAGGUCAAUGGCUCUUCACAGGCUGCUAGGAAACCUUCAAAUGACAGCAUCAAAGAAGGCACUUCAGAAACCCCAACGGCCAAGCAAGACCUGGAGGAGUUGGUGGCUUUAACUCCUCCUUCUCCUUUUAGAGACUCCAUUGAUUCUGGAAGUGCAUCUCCCAGCUCUCCAGCUUCUGAAUCAGCUCUCUGCAUCCCGUCCUCUCCCAAAUAUGACACACUCCUCAUCAGAGAUUAUACUCAAAGUUCUUCUUCGCUGUGAAUGUAGUUCAAGAAGAUGUUGGAGCUCAACAACUACAAGCAAGUAGUCAGGGGACAGCCAAGUCUUCAAGAUCUCCAGUGUUUACGCAGACAGAGUGAGAGGCAUUGGGUCAUCUUGUGAGGAAUGGAAGGGAGGAAGAGGAAUCACCUGAGAGGCGGAAACAUCAGAUUAAUUAUGCUGAUUUAAAGACAAAAUGACUCUUGGCAGAUUAUUGUGGCCUUAAAAAAACAUGGGCUUUUCAGAAACACUGAAUCUAUUUUUGAGGGCUUAUAAGGAGUCUGUUAAUCCAGUUACAUACCAAGUGCUUUGCUUUAGUAUUACAAUGAACUGUGUGUACAAUAUAGGGGACAGGGGGGAACUAGAUUGUAAACAACUGUACAAUGGUUUGUUUGUUUACUCUGAUCCCUUGCCCAGAAGUGAACCUUGAUCUUUUAUCAAGAAUAGAAGACCAAACAUUGAAUGUACAUUUUCUAACAGACUCAAAUCUGGGACCAACAUGUCAAGCUUUCUCUCUUUUUUUUUCUAUGAAGAUCACAAAAAGCAGUAAUGUAUGUUACUACAAAACCUUUUGCUGAAGAAUAUUGUGUCUGUGAUACGUUACACGUGGAUAACACUAAGCUGAGGCUUUGCAGUGAGUGACUGCAAUAUGGAGGGCUUUACAAGUGACUUCUCAACCUACGCAUUUGUUUAUGAAAUUCUCUUCUAUCAGUAUCUAAUUUCAAUUUGUUAUCAUUGGAUUCACCUUCACAACAACAAAACCCAAGGAAGAUCUCCUGACUAUUUCACCAUGUUGCCAACUAAUAUUGAAGUAGCAAAAAAUAUUUUCUGGAGUACUGUUUUGUAAUUCCCUUACCAGGGCAAGUUGUUGAGAUGAAUAUUCUCUUUCUAGCAGCACUACAAAGCUACAUUACAGCUGCACUCCCUAGAAAAAUUAACACAUUUUUAUGGACAUCCUCAUGAUAAUGUUACCAGUUAAAAUACUUAUUCAGACUCCCAUCUUUGCUUGUAACAAACAGGUAAACACCCUAAAGAUUUUCUCCAUCCUUUGAAUGACAGAAUUCUAGGAUACCAAUUUGGAUUAUGACAAAUGCUAACUAUCAGUGGGAAAGGUUGUCAUAAUCUUAAUUAAUAUACACAUAUAUAUGGAAAAAAACCCUGUGUCAAAGUCUGCUUAGAGGUGAUUAAGCUACUCUUUAAUAAGCAACAAUUUUAAAAUUUAUUUUGCUGCUGAUCCCUUGCAGCUAUGAACAGUGACAAAAAAAAAAUAAUACAUUCAAAGCAAUACAGAGUAAUGGUUAAAACAAAGAAGACCUAAUGAGAUAUGAACCAACAGAAUCUUUGUUUCUUAGCAACUCACAGAAGAAACAAGGGGAUUCCUCAAAUUUUUUUUCCUAUAUCAAAGUAGUACAGUUUAGUGCACUUCAUACUGUCACAGCACUUUUUUAAUACAGGCAGGGAAGAGUUUUAAAGUUUGAAUAGUAGCUAAAUAAUUUUUGAUAGGUGUAGUUACAUAGAACUUGUAAGUCAGACCCUAAACGCACACUGUAUUUGCUCUCUUCUUCAUGACAUAGCUGUCCUCAGGUGCCAAACUUUUAUGGGUUUGUUUUAUUGAAGGAUAGCAUGAAGUGAUGAGUAAUGUACUUCAAUUCAAAGUUGAGUUGAUGUAGCCUUAUAUAGAAGACAGCCUCAAGGAAGGGAGCCUCGAAAUAAGGCUGCUGUAUUUUAUUUUCAAAACCUUUAGAUCUUGUUUCUUCGAAAAUAACAAAUAUUUUGUAAUCAAAAUUCAUACCUCCUUUUUCUCCCCUAUGUUCAAAAUCGCUAUUUGAUCAAACAAGUAAAAGAUGAAAGCACAUUCACAUAUUUUAGCAAAGAGCAUUUUCUAUUCCUUUGGGAUGUUUGUUUCACUAUUAUGCGUUGUGCCCCAAUUUGCUGCUCAACAACAUUUAAUAAUGAAAAGUAAUAGAUGGCUGAAUCCAGACCAGCACCUCACAGAGGUACUCUGGCGACUCUAGAGUCAGGCAAUGUUAUCCAAUUGCAGUCUGGGCAUGCUUGUCUUGUCAGGUACAGUCAUUUAUCAGCUUUGCCUAUAGCAUGAACAGGCAGGUCACAAAACACCUCUACUCCAGAAGGCAGAUCCCUACACUAAGGCAUGACUGAAGGUCCUUGUUGCCCAUAUGCAGUUCUUGCAUCCUCGCAUGACUGAUCAGCACAGACUCAGCUCUGUGCAGCUGCACGGUUCCCAGACUAGAGCUCAGUUUUGCCCUCUUGGUUCACAGUACUAGCAUGUCUCAUCAUUCCUUGGCUGUUCAUGUCAUCAGGAGAAGGCAUCUUCUGUCACAGGUUACAACCCACAUUUAAGAGAAAAGCAUGUCCAAUCAGUCUGUGAUACAAACAUUCUAAUUUGGGGUGUUUAGACCACUUAAAUGUUGUUCAUGGAAGACUUAUAUGAUAAUAUUUGUCUCCCAUCAGUGCAAUGUUGUUCUAAUAUAGAGUGUACUGAGAUAACUAAUGUGAAAGGAUUAUUUCGAAAGGAUUCUAUUACUACCUGUUCUCUUAUACUUCAAACUAUUGACCAAUAUUCUUACAAGAACAUCCUCCACCUUGAACCUUCCCUAGAAUUUCAGAUCCCCUUUAGUCUUUUCUUAUGGUGGUGGACAAUUAAUAGAAUUGUAUUACUGCUAAAAUCUGUGGGUUUCACUGCACUGUGAAAUAAUCAACAGUGGAAAUAAGGAUUAUAUGACAAAUAUAAAAUAUUUCCUUAAAUAAAAAACUAGUAAAAAGGAGUGAAAAAUUGAAACUGUCAAGCUCAGCAUAAAUAUACCUCUUCUGCUCUCAAACUGCACCACAGCUAUUGCUCAGAGCUUCCUGACAAUGGUCAUGUGUAUUGUCAUGACAAUUUAGGUGGAGAUGCCCCAUGUGCCCUGAAUGCAUGUUUUAAGAGCCUAAAACCUAAUGCUGUGCAACCGAAAUUUUAAACACUUUUUUUCACUCUCACUUUUGGAGGAGUCAUGUAUCUUUUGCGUAUCUAUCAGCCACAGCAGACAUUUUAGUGACACAAGGAACUAUGGAUGGACCCUGCUGAGGUAGUACCUUCUAGGAGUCAGUCUAUUUUUAUUAAAAGAUGGACAACCUUAGAGGCAUUUAAGGAAGGCAGAAUCUCUUUAAUUGUGCAGACUGGAGCGCAUCAAUGUAAUUUUUUAUCACAUGUUUGAAUUUCAACAAAGGGAGGAAAGGUUUUAUGGAGAAGAAGGCAAAAACGGUGUAAUGUCUGUAGUAAUAAUCCAAACUAGCCCAGUGGGAGAUUUGCAAGACUGGAAAGUUCUUUGGGAGAAGCCAGUGGAUUUGACAUAAGAGAAAAAAAAUUAUGUAGACAGACAUCAUGACUUCAU